CUCUGAUAUGACCGGAUGCUGCAGAGCCUAAACUUGAAUUUUGAGCCCGAGCCGAAAAUUGAAGUUUACAGUCUUCACUUUUAUUGUCUUGAGACAAUGCAAUUUGAGUAUUGAGAGGUGCUGUAUGAAGUAUGAAUGAGAUGAUGCAUAGGGGUAACAUGGAGAUUUUCAAUGUCAAAUUCAUCAAGGAAGAACCACAAACCAGCUGGGAGACAUCAUCUAAUUGCCGAGCGCCUAUUGUAGGUGAGCACAAGGACCAGACAGAAUGCCUCCAAGAAGUUGGUUCACCACUCCAGAAAGAAAUAGAACACAUUGAUACCAAGGAAGAAGAUCAUGACCUAUUCAGCGAAGGAGAAGAGACUGACUCAAACAUCUCAAAGACACAAGAAGGAAGAGUUCACUCUUCAAUACAAGAAGAUCAUGGAAGCUCCAGCAGGAUGGAUGCCGAAAGAGCUACCAGUAGACAGUCGAGUCUAGCUAAUGACAGUCAUCAAGUGUAUCAAUAUCAGAUGGGUGAGGAGAAGAUCUUGACUUCGGAACAUAAUGGCUCCAUGUACAGUGUCUUUGAGGAAAGAACUUCAAUGACUGAACAAAGAGAAGAGAUCGAUGAUAGUUGGUCGCUCAACGAGACAAGACCUUUCAUCCGAACACCCGAUGUAAGUCUUAGUAGGUCUUAUUCGCAUCAUGAAGAUCACGUAGAAGAGAUCGAUGAUGGUUCGUCGCUCAACAAGACAAGCGCUUCAAUCCGGACACCCGAUGUACGUCUUAGUAGGUCUUAUUCGCACCAUGAAGACCAAGUAGAAGAGAUCGAUGAUGGUUCGUCGCUCAACGAGACAAGACCUUCCAUCCGGACAUCCGAUGUAAGUCUUAGUAAGUCUUAUUCGCACCAUCAAGAUCAAGUAGAAGAGAACAGCGAUGGUUGGUUGCCCUUUGAUACAAAUCCUUCCCUCCAGACUCCAGGACGAUCCGGCGAGAGGCCUUACUCAUGCCAUCAUUGCGGGAAGAGAUUUGCCAGCAAACAAGCCGUCAACAGCCAUAUGCAGUUCCACAAACCGUAUCAUUGCCCAAAGUGUAAUAAGGGAUACUAUGCAAAGGAAGAGUUGGCAGAACACAUGGACACUCACAAUUCGGCGCAUGCUCCGAAGAUAAUGUACCAUUGUACCUACAUGGACUGCGAUAAGGAGUUUCCCACCCACCAAGGUCUUAGUAGGCAUAUGCAAGGACAUCCUCAAGAAAAGCCAUUUGAAUGUUCAGAAUGCCAUAAAGGCUUCGGUACUCAGAUCUAUCUAAAUGCUCAUAUGAAAUUACAUAGUAGAGAAGCUAAAUUUCAUUGCGCUGAGUGCGACGAAGGUUUUUUCGAGAGGGUCACUUUGCUAGGCAUAUGGCUAAACACAAGGGACAGAAGCUCUUUCAGUGUCCUGUUUGUCAUAAAGAGUAUAUUUCAAAGGGUCAGUUUGAUCUUCACAUGAAAACACACAUUAAAAACGGGGAACUGAAUUACGAAUGUUCCCAAUGUGGUAAGUCAUAUCCGUAUGAGGAUUUAACUGAACUUGGAAGUGAGGGGCCGCAUCAGUGUAUUGAGUGUGAUAAAGGAAUUCUAAAAGUCCAACAUAUUUCCUCCUACAAGAAAGUAAAUGUUUUUCGAUGUCCUCAUUGCUAUGAAAGGUUUUUGAAGGUCGUGGAUCUAACAAAACAUGUCGUUGAGGUUCACCCUGAAAGCGAAUGCCAUCGGUGCCCCGAGUGUGAUAAGACGUUCCCACUGAAACUAAAGCUGGCAGUCCACAUGCAAGUCCACAGGAAAGAGAAACAGGACUGUCCUUUAUGCGGCAUGGUGUUAGGUUCCAAACGGGCUCUCAAGGGCCACUUGCGCAUGCACCAGGGAGAACGGAAGUACAAAUGCUCCCUAUGUGACAAGACGUACCUUCAUUUACAAUCUCUAAAAAACCAUGUUGUUACACAUAAUGGAAUGAAGCAGUUUAAGUGCACUCUUUGCGACAAAGCCUUUUCACAUGAGAGUACUCUGAGGCACCACGAGAAAAAGCAUACAGCCGUUAGACCUCGAAGAAGGAUACAGAAACCGAAACCAUCUCUGUUCCAGGAGACGAGAGAAGUCAGUGAAGAACAAGAUACUUUUCCUGGGAAAGACCUCCAGGAGGGACAGGAGCAUGACGUACAUGAACCUGCUGAGAGUAACCCUAGUUUUAAAAGUACGGCAGUUGAGAAUGAUAGUCCUGCAUCGGUUUCAAAGAAUCUGCAGAGUGUUCUCAAAGAAACUUCCUCUGUGUCAUCAGAAAGAGAUGAACUGAACAGUGGUGGGUUAGAAUAUGAUGGGAACCCUUCAUUUCAGAUAGAGGGUCUACAGACAGAUGGCUCCAUAUCCCUUACAGGUCAACCUGAUGAAGGAACUCAUUCCUGCCAUAAAUGUGGGAAGAGAUUUGCCACAAAACAUGCCGUCAACAGUCAUAUGCAGUUCCACAAACCGUAUCAUUGUCCAAAGUGUAAUAAGGGAUACUAUGCAAAGGAGGAGUUGGCAGAACACAUGGACACUCACAAUGUGGCACAUGAUCCGGAGCUGAUGUACCAGUGUACUUACUUGGACUGCGAUAAGGAUUUUCUCACCUAUCAAGGUCUUAGUAGCCACAUGCAAAAACAUCCCAGAGAGAGGCCAUUUCUUGUCCCCAGUGUAAUAAGUCUUUUGGUUCUAGAAAUAAUCUCAGGGGACAUAUCAAGCUACAUACGAGAGAACCGAAAUUUUGGUGUGUAGAGUGCGGGGAAGCGUUUCUUCGAGAGGGUCACUUUGAUAGGCACAUGGCUCAACACCGAGGACAGAAACUUUUCACGUGUCCUUUUUGCCCGAAGAAGUACAACUUCAAACGUCGCUUUGAUGCUCACGUGAAAACACACGUUUACAAGUGCUCACAUUGCGAGAAAACACACCGAGCGGAAUAUGUGAAUAAACUUGAAGGAGAUAAACCACAUCAAUGCGAUGAGUGUACCGAGGGAUUUCUUGAAGUCCAAGUUCAAGAAGAUGCAUUCCGCCAGAAGAGGAGGGGUGUGCGCUGUCAUCAUUGUCAUGAGAAAUUCCCAAUGUUGCAAUCCUCGUGGAACACCUAGAGAUGGCCCACCCAGGUAAAGAUUCUCAUCAGUGUCCAGAGUGCGGCAAAACCUUCCCUCUUCAGUCGAAACUCAGAACUCAUUACAGGUCCACAGGAAAGAAA